AUGCCGUCCACCGCAGGAGCGCCCCAGACGCUCUACGACAAGAUCCUGUCUGCCCACAUUGUCGAUGAGAAGCUGGAUGGCACGAUUUUGCUUUACAUUGACAGACAUCUUGUUCACGAAGUGACAUCACCGCAAGCAUUCGAGGGCCUGAGGAAUGCCGGCCGGCAAGUCAGGAGACCGGAUUGCACCCUGGCAACCACAGACCACAAUGUUCCUACCAAGUCCCGGAAGGGCAUGAAGGACAUUUCCACUUUCGUCGAGGAGGAGGACUCGAGAUUACAAUGCAUGACUCUCGAAGAGAACGUAAAAGACUUCGGCGUGACAUACUUUGGCCUCGGCGACAAGCGCCAGGGUAUUGUCCAUGUCAUCGGGCCCGAGCAGGGCUUCACCCUCCCCGGCACCACCAUGGUGUGUGGCGACAGCCACACCUCGACGCACGGCGCCUUCGGCUGCCUUGCCCAUGGUAUCGGAACGAGUGAGGUCGAGCACGUGCUGGCCACGCAGUGCUUGAUCACCAAGAGAAACAAGAACAUGAGGAUACAAGUCAAUGGCGAGCUGGCCCCCGGUGUCAGCUCCAAGGACGUCGUCCUUCACGCCAUCGGACGGAUUGGUACCGCCGGAGGUACUGGCUGUGUUAUCGAGUUCUGCGGCUCCGUCAUUGAGAGCUUGAGUAUGGAGGCCCGUAUGUCGAUCUGCAACAUGUCGAUCGAGGCCGGUGCGCGAGCUGGUCUGGUCGCCCCUGACGAGGUUACCUUCGAGUACCUCAAGGGCAAGCCCCUCGCCCCCAAGUUCCCCUCGCCUGACUGGGACCGUGCCGUUUCCUACUGGAAGAGCCUCCAGAGCGACUCGAACGCCAAGUACGACAUCGACGUCCAGAUUGACGCCGCCGAUAUUGUCCCCACCGUCACCUGGGGUACCAGCCCCGAGGAUGUCGUCGCCAUCACCGGCGUUGUCCCCGACCCCGAGUCCUUCGGCACAAAGGAGAAGCAGGCCGCUGCCCGCAGGAUGCUGGAGUACAUGGGUCUCACCGCGGGAAUGAAAAUGGAGGACAUUACCAUUGACAAGGUCUUUAUUGGCUCGUGCACAAACUCGAGAAUCGAGGAUCUGCGACAAGCCGCCUCGGUCGUCAAGGGAAGGAAGAAGGCGGACAAUGUUACCCGUGCCAUGAUCGUACCUGGUUCCGGCCUGGUCAAGGAGCAGGCUGAGGCCGAGGGUCUGGACAAGAUCUUCACCGACGCCGGUUUCGAGUGGAGAGAGGCUGGCUGCAGUAUGUGUCUCGGCAUGAACCCCGAUAUCCUGUCGCCUCGCGAACGAUGCGCCUCCACCAGCAACCGAAACUUUGAGGGCCGACAAGGUGCUCAAGGCAGGACACACUUGAUGUCACCUGUCAUGGCUGCCGCAGCUGGUAUCGUCGGAAAGCUUGCCGAUGUUCGCACCCUGACCGAGUACAAGGCCAGCCCCCACAUUGACGCCUUCAAGGCCACGCCAUCUUCAGGAAAGGCACACGUGGACGAGCGAGUCGAGUACGACGAGGAUGCCAGGGAACAGAUUGGCGACCAGCCGGAAGACAGCUCGCCGGGCAUCAACUCCAUCGCCGAGAAGGCCGAAGGUGGCCAGGGUCUCCCCAAGUUUUUGGUUCACAAGGGUAUCGCUGCGCCCAUGGAUAGAGCCAACGUCGACACCGACGCCAUUAUUCCCAAGCAGUUCUUGAAGACCAUUAAGAGAACCGGCCUUGGCGCAGCGGCCUUCCACGCUUGGAGAUACAAGGAUGACGGUUCUCCCGACCCCGAAUUCGUCCUUAACCAGGAGCCCUACACCCAGGCCAAGACCUUGGUGGUCACUGGCCCCAACUUUGGAUGCGGUAGCUCUCGCGAGCACGCUCCCUGGGCUCUCCUCGAUUUCGGGAUCAAGUGCGUCAUCGCGCCCUCGUUUGCCGAUAUCUUCUUCAACAACACGUUCAAGAACGGCAUGUUGCCCAUCACAAUCACCAACAAGGGCGACCUGGACAAGAUCGCCGCUGAGGCGCACGCCGGCAAGGAGAUCGAGGUCGACCUGCCCAACCAGGUCAUCCGCGACGCCGACGGCAAGGAAAUCUGCAAGUUCGACGUCGAGGAGUUCCGCAAGCACUGCCUGACCAACGGCCUGGACGACAUCGGCCUCACCCUCCAGAUGGAGGACAAAAUCCUGGACUACGAGAAGAAGGCCACCGCCCGGACACCCUGGGUCGAUGGCAGCGCCUACCUGAAGCGCAAGGGUCAGGGCGGCAAGCUGGCCGCCAAGGCUGCCCCUGUGCCCACCACGAACCGUGGUGAGGAGAUCAAGAACCCGAUUGAGUGGUAA